AUGGAGUCUGUUGCAAAUUUGGCCAGGGAUGAUGGUGCAGAUGGUGUUUGUUUUAUGAACCAUGAUGUUUUUUCUGUAAACUCUACCUCUGAGUGUUUCUUUACCAAAAAUGACUGGCUAAUUGAUUCAGGAGGCACUUUUCACAUAUGUCCUUUCAAAGAUGCUUUUACUUCUCUCAAACCUGUGGAAAAUGCUUUUUUUGAGAAUGGAUACUUGCUGCCCUUGAAAAAUGUGAGAUAUGUGCCUGAUCUGAAUUAUAAUUUGCUGUCUUGCUCUUGUCUUGAAUAUGAGGGUUUUGAGUGUAAGUGGGGGCAGGGUAUUUUGAAGAUCUGUAAGGGUGUGCUAUGCCUGUUUAAAGCUGUGAAAAAGUGUAAUCUGUAUGUGUGUACUGCUAAGCCUCUAACUAGUUAUGAUCACAAUGUAAAUCUGGUUAAAAUGGAUAAGGCUUUACUGUGGCAUAAUAGACUUGGCACAUGA